UGGACAGUUCAAGAGGUGUCGUAGUGAGGAUGCAGAAGAUGCUGGGAUGUGAGGGAGCAUCAGGGAUGGCGGUAAGAUACAAGCUGACUCUGGCUACAGGACUGCUGGAGUGCCUGUGUUUUGCUGGCGUUGUGUUUGGCUGGGCGUCUCUUGUGUUUGUCCUGAAGACAGAUGGCUACUUCAGUGAUCUGUGCAUCAAUGGGACAGAUGCUAGUGGAGAACUUAGUGCAGAUUGCAGUCAACAGGAUGAGAAUUUCUCCUUGGUCUUUACUGUGGCCUCCUUCAUGAACAACUUUCUCACUCUGCCCAACGGAUUCUUAUAUGACCACUUUGGCACCAUGCCAACACGAUUUUUGGCAAUAUUUCUUUACACCACCGGAACCUUGCUAGUAGCAUUAUCAAAUGAAGCUCUCUCUAUCUUGCUUUUCCCUGCUCUAUCCCUCAUAGCUGUGGGGGGCAUUUUAUUUCUAAUCACAAAUGUGCAGGUGGGGAACCUUUUUGACACUCAUAGAUUGACUAUUAUUACUGUCUAUAAUGGUGCCUUUGACUCUUCAUCAGUGAUCUUUUUGAUUAUUAAGGUGCUUAAUGAGAGAGGAGUCUCUCUCCGCUCCUCAUUCCUCUUCCUCUCGGCCUGUAAUCUCAUUCAUCUCCUCCGGACGCUUUUCCUCUUGCCAAAAUCACACAUUCCCUAUCCUAUCCCAAAGAACUACAAAUAUGGGAUGAGCUGUGCAAAAUCAAACAGCUACAAUGUUGAAGAAUACGAGGCAAAGAGAGAACAGAAUAUGAACAGAGGCAGUGGUGUAGAUAAUGAGCCACUGGAGACAGCAGACUCACUACAGCUCACAGACAACACUGAGAAAGCCAGUUUUAAGAGCUGUGUUUUGUCCUGGUUCUUCCUGUGGCACCUGAUAUGGCUGUCAGUCAUGCAGCUGCGUCAUUAUUUCUUCAUUGGAACUCUGAAUCCAGUGCUCAACAGACUGGCCAACCAAGACCCAGCCAUUGUGAGUGAGUACACCAAUGCGUUCGCUUUCACCCAGCUCUGUGGAGUUCUCUGUGCUCCCUGGAAUGGCCUGCUAAUGGACAGACACAAAAGAAAACCCCUACACCCAGGUGUGUCAGAACAGGAAGCAGACCUGCACUCCUCCAUCCUGUCUCUCCUCCUCACCUCUUUCCAGUGCCUCCUGUUCUCCAUCUGUGCAAGCAUUCCAUUUCUCCCUCUCCAGUACCUCACUUUCACCCUUCAGGUCCUUAACCGUUCUUUUCUGUAUGGAGGGAAUGCUGCAUUCAUCAGCAUUGCGUUUCCAGCCCAUCAUUUUGGAAAGUUGUAUGGUCUGGUGAUGUCAUUGUCAGCUGUGCUGUCAUUGCUGCAGUAUCCCUGCUUUGCCCUGAUCAAAGUUCUUGGAGGAGACCCCUUUUAUGUGAACAUCAUCUUGACUGUCCUGACUCUGCUCGCCUUCAUUCAUCCUCUCUAUUUGUUCCUUUACUGUAGAGAGCUGACGAAAAAGAGAGAAAACUCACAGAGCUUGUCAGAAUCUUCAGAUAAGAAAACCUCAAUGUAUUCAUUACAAUCACUUCAUCUAUAAACAUACUCAUAUUUAAACCAAUGAAAUUCAAGAGAUAAUACUGAAUGAUUAUGAAUAACUAUCUAGGCCUUAGCUUUUUUAAGCUUCAACUGGUAAAGGGAAUAGUAAUUAUGAUUAUUGUGUAUUCACAAACUUUCUUUUACCUUUCUGAUUUUGAGAUUAAAAAACUCAGCUCCUAGUCAGCAAUUUAAUUUCAUUAUUUAUUGAUUCUUUACAGACUUUAUGAAUGAAAUACAAUAAAAAUAUCA